GAAUUAGUGGAUAUUUUAGUGAAUUUAGAGACCCACCCAGCUGAUGGAGCUUUGCGCCCCGCCCAGGAGGAGAAAAUCCCCAACUGGAUGUCAUUUGGAGCAGAAUGGAUGCUGAGACGGUCUGAUUCAGGGGAAGUUUAUAAAUAGAUGGUGAUUCAUCAGCUGCUCUCCCUCACUGGAUGCUGAGGAAGGGCCGCUGCUUCCUGGCGUCCCCCCGCUGAUUCUGAUGGAGAUCCCAGACCACUGAGCGACAGGACAGGUAGAUCCGCUCCAGAGGAGGAUGUUUAUGAUUUAAGUGCCCGAAGAGCGGCUGCGGUUGGCGGGAUGAAGGCUCCGAGGAGACCGAGGCAGACGCUGCUCCUUCCCCGGCUCUGCAUCAGCGGGCUGGCUCUGCUCGCAGCUCUCUGCGCCUCUCACUUUACCGGAGGCUCUCAUAACCAACCUGGGCAGAAUGGCAGGCAUCUGUCUAAAAGAGAGCAAAUAGUGGACAACCAGAACAUCAGCAUUUCAAGAUCUGCUGUACACGAGUUCCCAGUGGACAUCUUUACUUUGAGUCAGAAAAGACAGGGAGCAGUGCUUCUGCAUGUUUUCUGUGCUAUCUACAUGUUUCAUGCUCUGGCCAUUGUAUGUGAUGUUUACUUUGUGCCAUCACUGGAAAAAGUCUCAGAGAACCUUCAGCUCAGUCAAGAUGUUGCCGGGGCAACCUUCAUGGCAGCUGGGAGCUCCGCCCCUGAACUCUUCACCUCUUUGAUUGGCGUGUUCAUCACAAAGGGAGAUGUAGGGGUGGGGACUAUUGUGGGAUCAGCUGUUUUUAACAUCCUGGUCAUUAUUGGCCUCUGCGGCAUCUUCUCCGGACAGCCCAUUUCCCUGAGCUGGUGGCCUCUUUUCCGUGAUGCUGUUUUUUAUAUCCUGUCUAUAUUGGUGCUUAUUCUGGUGAUCUAUGAUGAAAAGGUCCUGUGGUGGGAGACCAUCAUCCUCAUCACCAUGUAUGGGAUUUAUAUAGUCAUCAUGAAGUUUAACAGACGCCUGUGCUGCCUGGUGGAGAGACACUGCAGCGUGGACGGCCAGCCAUGUCUGAGCAGUCUGCGUCGGACGACCGCUGUGGGCAGCGUUGGAGACGGUGAAAACGACAUGGUGCCGCUCAAGCCAGACUCGUGUGUGGUGGCCAGUCAGGACUCCAGCCUGGUGACGUCAGACGAGCUACUAAACCUUCGGCCUCCACAGCUCAGCUUUUCAGAGAGACAGAGGCUGAUUAGAGCUCGAGUCAGCCCAGAGGAAGGCCUGGGGGAGGAAAGGUCUGGUGCUGGCGGGGGCUGGAGGAGAGAAAACGGGGCAGCGGCUGAAGGAGAACGGCAGCUGCAGGAGGAAGACAGGGAAGGGGGCAUGGACUCAGGAGGAGAGACAGGUGGGGGUGCACCACUGAAAGAUGAAGGGGAGGAAGAGGAAGACCAGGAGGAAGAAGAGGAGGAGAACUCUCCCUUCAAACCCUUCAUCCUACCAGAUGGCUGGUGUGUCCGCCUGCAGUGGUUGCUCUCCUGGCCGCUGAGUUUCAUCCUGUACUGCACCAUCCCCGACUGUAACCAACCACGAUGGGAGCGCUGGUAUCUGAUCACCUUCCUGUCCUCCACUCUCUGGAUAGCCCUGUUCUCCUACCUCAUGGUCUGGAUGGUGACCAUCAUCAGCUACACCCUCGGGAUCCCAGACGUCAUCAUGGGAAUCACCUUCCUUGCGGCUGGCACCAGUGUUCCUGACUGCAUGGCCAGCCUCAUUGUCGCCAGGCAGGGGAUGGGGGACAUGGCAGUGUCCAACUCUAUUGGGAGUAAUAUCUUUGAUGUGCUGCUGGGCCUGGGCUUCCCCUGGGCACUGAGGACUCUCAUAGUCAGCUAUGGAUCAGUGGUGACAAUCAACAGUAAAGGCCUGGUGUACUCUGUUAUACUGCUGCUGGCCUCUGUCACUCUCACUGUCCUGUGUGUUCAUCUGAACCGCUGGAAGUUGGACCGCAGGCUGGGCCUCUGUCUCCUGCUGCUAUACGCCAUCUUCCUUCUCUGCUCUGUCGGCUUCGAAAGGCUGUAGAGCAGAAACAAACCCGUCCCAUAAACACAGACAGGUUGCCCCGAUUCGUUUUCCUCUUUUGUCGACAGCAUCAAAUCUACACAACCAUGCGUUUGAAAUAAAUAUCGUAGUGGCUGUAGAUGUUACUGAGACACCGGAUGUCUAUGAGUGAAGUUUACCUUUGAUAAAUGAGUAUUUUAAAUAGUUUUGUACUAAAGCACUUGAGAACCCCAGAAGAAAAGCACGUUGUGUCACAAAAAGUUUCUAAAAUGAAAAAUGUAUAUUCUUGAACCCCAAAGUGAGUUAAGAUCUUAGUAUUGGAAACAUAACCUAAGAGAAAUGUUUAUGUGUUAAGGUUUACAGAUUUGCUUCCCAGUUUCUGCACUUUUAUCAUGUUAAGUGUCCUCUUUUCUAUCCCAGUUCUGUGUUUGUGACUUUGAACGACACAGCAUGGUCAUCCCAGUGUUUGCACUAACUCACUGUUAUCCUGCCCAAAAGCUUACCAACUAGAAUGUCUAUUUGAAGGGUCUUUGAGUAACAUUCCUGAGUUUUAAGUGCAAUGAUUCUUCUGCACUGUUGCCCCUUUGUGCUUAAAAAAAUGAAUCACCUUUCUAUUGAUCGCCUGCUCUAAAAUUCAAACUUUGGAACAGAAAUCUGUGUUUGGUGUUACAACCAGUUCUCUGCUGAUUUCUAAAAACAAAAUCAUUUGCAUCAAGAAAAUUACUAUUUAUUUACUAAAAAAAAUAAAUCUAUUAAAUUGUCAAAUACUGACACCUAUUUAUUU